AAAAAAAAUAGAUACCCAAAGGCAGAAGAAGAAGACUCCUCUGAGGUGGUGGGGACUUCAACUUUUCCACUUUAAAGACAGAACCACCACCACCAAACCACCCUAAACCACCACCACCCUGGCUCCCAAAAUGACCACCCCCACCACCACCGCCACCACGGCCCACCGUCCCCCACACCCCCCCGCCCACCACCACUACUACCCUUCCAACCACUCCUCCUCCUCCGCCUCAUUCAAAGGCUGCUGCUGCUGCCUCUUCCUCCUCUUCUCCUUCAUAGCUCUCCUCAUCAUCGCCCUCCUCCUCAUCAUCCUCCUCGCCGUCAAACCGAAGAAGCCCUCCUUCGAUCUUCAGUCCGUCACCGUCCAGUACGUCGGAAUCACGCCCUCCCCCGUCGCCACCCCCGCCGUCACCACCGCCUCCGUCUCCCUCAACAUCCGCCUCUUAUUCACCGCGGAGAACGACAACAAGGUGGGCAUCAAGUACGGAGAGUCGAGAUUUAGUGUUAUGUAUCGGGGCAUUCCGCUGGGGAGAGGGAAUGUGCCGUCGUUUUAUCAGCCGGCUCAUAGCGUCCGACAAGUCGCCGUGAAUAUCGGGGUUGAUCGAGUUAAUUUGCUGCAAGCUGAUGCUGCUAAUUUGUUGAGAGAUGCUAGUUUGAAUGAUCGGGUCGAGUUUCGGAUCUUCGGUGAUGUGGGUGCGAAGAUCCGGAUUCUUGGUAUUACUUCUCCUGGUGUGCAGGUAUCUGUAGAUUGCGUAAUAGUGAUCAGCCCAAGGAAGCAAGCUCUUACCUACAAGCAGUGUGGAGUUGAUGGCUUGAGCGUUUGACCUCCAUUUUCUCUCCCUCUCUCUCAGAAAUUACUGCUGAGAGAAGGGAGGAGAGAAUAACUUGGCCACCAUCAUAGAUGGAUUUACUAGAUAACCAACAAAAAAUAGUUGAGUAUCUAAUUAUUCUUAGGUCAAUUAUAAAUAGUAAAGCGGGUCUUUUCUUUCUUUAAUCUUUUUGUUAAUCAUACUUAUCAAAGAAAAAGAAACCAAAAUUCUACUAAUCUUGAGAUGUAAAGUUUGGAUGUAUUGACAGCCAGCCAGUCCCAUUAGGCUACUGAUGCUUUUUCCCUCUU